AUGGCGUACGAAAGGGUUCCUCUAGACAAGUCCUAUGACUUUGCCACAUCAAUCGAACUGUCCAGUGUGGCUCUCGGAGGCAGAGUUGUUUCGGUGUCGGAUGAGUUCUUUGCAGAGGCAUAUAAUCUUCUGUUAGUGGAGCCAGCACAGAGCUGCAAGGGCCAGUUUGGUCCGAAAGGAGCUAUAUACAGCGGAUGGGAAAGUAGACGGCAUAACCCCACAUACGACUGGUGCAUAAUCAAGCUGGGGGCGGCCGGCACUAUCUUCGGAUUUGACGUAGAUACCUCGCAUUUCAAUGGUAAUGAGGCACCUGAAGUAUCCGUCGACGCCCUGUUUUCGACGGAGGAACAAGAACCCCGGGUGGACGAUGCCCGAUGGUUUGAGAUCCUUCCCAAAGUUCCUCUCGGUCCGAACUCUAGACAUCUUUUCAAAAUCCCUGAGACACCCGGGGUUAACUAUGUGAAGCUGAAUAUGUACCCCGACGGAGGCAUUGCACGGUUCCGUGUGUACGGCUUGGUGAAACCCAUUUUCCCAGACAGCGAAACGGAUAUCCUAGAUCUGGCACAUGUUUUGGCUGGAGGACGUGUAGUCUUCACUUCAGACCAGCACUUUGGUGUCGGUUCCAACCUUAUUCUCCCGGGACGAGGUAAGGACAUGGGCGAUGGAUGGGAAACUAAGAGAAGUAGGCAGAAGGGUCACAAGGACUGGGCCAUCAUCAAGCUCGGCGCCGCCGGCUAUCUAGAACAAGUCGAGAUCGAUACUGCGCACUUCAAGGGCAACUUUCCAGAAAGCUGCGAAGUGCACGCCACUAACAGCACAAGCCUGAUACCGGAGGACCAGCCCGAGGAUGCAUGGACCCUCGUACUACCCCGUACCAAGCUCGGCCCGCAUCGCAGACACUUCUUCCAGCUCGAAAACGUCCAUGAUAGCGCGUUCACCCAUGUGCGCGUCACGAUAUAUCCCGAUGGAGGAAUCAAGCGCGUCCGGGUACUAGGUCGGCGAGCGAAGCUGCCUGCUGCGUCAGCCGCCGCUACGACUGCGCCUGUGACGGCGCCCGAACCCUCCGACUCAGCAUCCGAUAUACUCGGCGCCGUGCCAGCGGUUUCAUCGCCAUCAUCAUCAGGACCGACGAUACCGGCCGUCCCGUUGACACCCGAGGCAUUCGCGCCUUUCGGGAAAGUUAUAAUGGGUCACUCCGACCCUGAUGCAGUCCCCCGCGGCACUAAGGUCACGUCCGCGAAUAAUGGGACCGCUAGUAAAUUCCACAAACUCGCGCUUCUGGAGUCGGCGUACCCGCCGGACUCAGGCGCCACGACGGGUAUAUCCGUUUAUAGAUGCUCCCCCAUAUCUGCCAAGCCAGGCGGUCGCUGGGAAGUAAAACUGCUGGAGCGCCACCCGUACACUAACCAGGCUUUCAUUCCUAUGGGUGCUGGCUCGGCUCUGGCCAACCUUGGGGGAGCUGAAGACUCGCUGCAGGCUCCAGGGAAGGCCUAUCUCGUCAUAGUCUCCAAAAAUGGGGAGGACGACAAGCCGGAUCUGAAGACUAUGCGUGCAUUCAUCGCAAGUGCUGGCCAGGGUAUAGUGUACGACACUGGCAUAUGGCACCAUCCUAUGGCCGUUCUUGACACGGACAUGGACUUUGCUUGCGUGGAGACUCAGAUAGGCAACGGGGAUAAAGCAGACUGCGAAGUGAUUGAUUUAGACGGCUCGGCAGGCUAUCACGCCAUCCAAAUACCCGCUCUAUAAUACACUAGCGCGACAAGAUGCAUAGGUGAAUAGAAACGCACUGGACCAGGAUUAUCGCAGAAACUGCACGAUGCGGCGUGCUCACUCAUCACCUUGCAUGUGGACACCUGUUCGCGAUUCUCGAUGAAUAUCGGUCGAUUAGAUCGAUCACCG